AUGGCAAACGGUUGGAGUAUCGUCAUUGGCCUCAUCAUUGUUGUGCUUGCUUCUGCGGCAGCAUGGUUCCUUUCUCCUAAAGGCGAAAAUCAAACAAUCUGGCGCAGUUCUCUCAUCCUCUCUUUCGCAAGUUGUUAUCUUAUGUGGGCGAUUACGUUCUUAGCGCAAUGGCAUCCACUCAUCGUACCCAGAAGAGGAGACUUAAGACCGGAGUAUGCAAGACAUAUGAGUUGA